CUCCUCCCCUGCACUUCCGGAAGUGAUGUCAGAGGAAAUUGCGUCACCCUCUCCCUUCCAUUAGCCUUCCCUACCUGUCUAGGAAGCUGAGCUCGCAUUUGGAGGACCCAAAAAGGCGCUUCUUCUGCUCUUUUCCUGGAAAGGAUCCAGUGACCGUUUAAGAGGAGCCUGAGUCUUGCCAGACCUGGGAGGCAUGGAGGGGGUGGAGGAGAGCUCCGAGAGCGUGGCUUCCCCAGAAAAAGGUGAUUCCAAGGAGAAGAGUAAGAAGGAAACCAUGGAUGACGACCAAGAUUGGGACCACGAUGCGGCCUACAUUUCCCCUGAAGGCACUUACUUGACCCCUGUCCCGCCACUUGGAGGAAACGAGAGAAGCCAGCUGAAGCCCCCCGAGUUUGAGAAGAGCUUCCCCCGACCGAUCUCCUUCGACAAAGGAGAGAGAGCCGCUCCCACGGAGGAGAACGUGCAUCGGUGUUUGGACUGUGGCAAGACCUUCAACCUGGCCUCGAAGCUGAAGCUGCACCAGAAGAUCCACUCCGAGGAGAAGCCCUUCGAGUGUCCUGAGUGCGGGCGGCACUUCCGCCACAAGGGAAACCUCCAAACGCACCAGAGGAUCCACGUCCGGGACAAGCCCUUCCGCUGCGAGGAGUGCGGGCGCUGCUUCAGCUACAGCUGGAUCCUCCAGAAGCACCUGAAGUUCCAUGAAAGCCGUAGGGGCCCCGUGGUGGAGAAAGCGGCCCCGUCGUGGGUCGGGCCCCGAAAGGAUCACUCGCUCAACGGAGAAGCGACGCAGGGAGCCGUUCCUCCCAAUGCGGGUCCACCCGCCGAAGUAGAAGUGUUGACGCGGGUUGUCGACUGAUUGACGGAGUCAACCAGUAGCAUCCAGCCUAAGGGGUUUAAUAGUUGGUGGCCUGGGAGUUGUAGUUUAGCAACAUUUUCAAGAUGCCAUGCAAUUUUCGAAACACUGACUUUAAGGAUAUGGACAACUCUGGCUUCGAUCCCGUUGGGUACGACCGGGAAUUAUUUUGUGUUGUCCCCCGAUACUCCUUUUUCAAAAAUCAAGCCAUGCUUUGUCUCUCAUUUUCAGGGCAACGCCUUCGUAGGUUUUCAAGGACUGGAGUUGCGUCCCUGGUUUGUUAAGUCGAGACUACUUUCUUUGUUUAACUCCCUCACGUCAUCGUGGGUUUUGGUUCAGUUGUGUUUCAUUAAAGGCAUUGUUGAUCUCG